ACAAGGCCAAUGCCAGAGGCGACGUCAUCCGAGGAGCGCCCGGGAUGGAGCGGGCCGUGCUGGCCGCUCAUUCCACCACCUCCCCAGCCUCCGAACCUGCCUCCUCCACCUCCUUCUCCGCCUCCACCCGCCCUUUCUCCGCCGCCGCCCUCUCCUCCGCCGCCCCCUCCCGCUCCUUCGCCGCCCCCUCUCCCCUCUCCCCCGCCGCUGCCGGCUCCGGCUCCCGCUUCUCCGCCACCUCUGCACGACCUGUGCCCCUGAGAAGCAGCCGCUUUGGGUCUCCCACGCGGGCCCGGGGCGCAGGCAUGGCGGACGGCGGCGGCGGGGGGGGCGCGGGGGGCGGGGGUGCGGGCCCGGCAUCGUCGGGGGCGGGGACGGCGGCGGCGGGCGGCGGGGGGAGCGGCGGCCCCGUCAACCCGGCCUCGCUGCCUCCCGGGGACCCUCAGCUCAUCGCGCUCAUCGUGGAGCAGCUCAAGAGCCGCGGCCUGUUUGACAGCUUCCGCCGGGACUGCCUGGCCGACGUGGACACCAAGCCAGCUUACCAAAACCUGAGGCAGAAAGUGGAUAAUUUUGUCUCAACACAUCUGGACAAGCAGGAAUGGAAUCCGACGAUGAACAAGAACCAGCUGCGGAACGGUCUGCGGCAGAGCGUGGUCCAGUCCGGGAUGUUGGAAGCUGGAGUGGACAGAAUCAUCUCGCAGGUGGUGGACCCCAAACUAAACCACAUCUUCAGGCCGCAGAUAGAGCGAGCCAUCCAUGAGUUCCUGGCGGCCAAGAAGAGAGAAGCCGCCCCCGCGCCCCCUCCGGAGCCGGAGAGCCAGGACGCCCCGGGCCCCGCCCAGGACGCCUCCUAAGACGGUGCCUGACAUCUUCUGGAAGCUCCAUUGCAGUGGUGAAGUGGAUUCCUUCAUAACGGUACGGCUUCAGAAUGAAGACAGGCCAAGGUCGUCGCUAAUUUCACCUUUGACUUUGGAGCGUGGUCCACGCUGAUCGGGGAGCGAGGUUGGCGGCAGGAAUGCUGGCCUGUGUGCCCCUGCCACGUGGCCAGCCCGUCCCAGGGACCACACCAGCAGACACUACAGAGAACUAAAGAAACACUACACCAGCCGGGGUUGUCUUGAAACAGACCUUUAUACUUGAACUUGGAGACUGCGUGUGGGUUUUAGGGCUUGUGCUCGGGGAGAAACCAAAGCUGCCGUGAGGGAAGGUGAGCAGCCCCCCUGCAGCUCCUGAGACGGGCGGGGUGAGCUGGGGGGGGGGGGGCUGUGUCUGCUUGUUGGCUUUGCUUCUCAGAGUUGCAGACCAGAGUGUGCAAGCCGUGAGCAUCACAUGGCUUUAAAGUUGUGACCCUCUUGUGCGUGACCUUGUAGCUUUAGUGUCCUUUCCCCGAAGAGGCGGCCAGCACGGGAGCCCACAGGCAGGACGCCCAGACACUAGUAGAGGGAAUGUUCGCAGGCUCUCUGUCCAGGGCUGCUUCCUACCCUGCGAGAUGGGAAGUCUUGGGUGUGUUUAUUGUAUUCUGUUUGUGUUUUUUAGAAAGUGAAUGGUUAAUAAAUAGCCUACGUUUUAUAAUAAAAUCAUUUGAUACUCUUA